CUCUCAUGGCACCCAAGAACAAUGGACCAACUAAGAAAGCAGUGAACAGAGGAGCAUGGACUCCAGAAGAAGAUAAAAAACUAGCCCAAUGCAUUGAAAUUCAUGGAGCAAAGAGGUGGAAGACUGUUGCAGUCAAAUCAGGUCUAAAUAGAUGUGGAAAGAGUUGCAGACUGAGAUGGUUAAAUUAUUUGAGACCCAAUAUCAAGAGGGGUAACAUAUCAGAUGAAGAAGAGGAUUUGAUCCUUAGGCUUCACAAACUUCUGGGAAACAGGUGGUCUUUGAUAGCAGGGAGGCUUCCAGGACGAACAGACAAUGAGAUUAAGAAUUAUUGGAAUUCUCAUUUGUGCAAAAAAGUCAAUCACAAAGAGAAAAAAUUAGAAAUUUCUACCACUCUAGAAACUACAGAACAGAACCAGAACACUAGGGACAGUGCCGUGUUAGAGCAUGAGGAAGCGAUUAAUGGGAGUGGUAACUCAGAUGUUAACUUUGACGUGAACGAGUUCUUCAACUUCCCUGCUGAAGGAUAUGAUUGGGUGAACAUGUACUUAGAACUUGAUCAGAUUCCUCAGAGCACAUAAAAGAUCUGAAUGAACAUUAUGGUAGAUCUGUGUGAAAAAAUAAUAGUUGUUGAGUUCUAACUAUGUAGCAGAGUUGUUGUUCCAUGAUCGCUAUUUCUAAGUGGGAUAGCUUUUCUUUGUUUCUAUUGAAACUUGCCAUUUGCUCUGUAAUGUGGAAAUAAUGGUGGUUGUUGAUGUAAACAUGAAAUGAAAU